CUUUAAAAACUAAUUUAAAAACUAACUGAAUGAAAUAAUGCUAAACUAUAAUGAAAACCACAAAACUGUAUAACACUAGUGUGAAUAUAUGCUGGGUAAUCUUUAAGUCACCAUAAGAUUUAGUGUUUUAUCUCUGCCCUUUACCAUGUUUCAGGCUGAUUACGAUCAGCUUAACAACAAGGUCUGACCUAACCUCAGUAAACCAACCUGGGCCAACCCACAUAUUACACAGAAAACAGAUGAAAAUGUUUAGAAGAAACUGAAACUGAAAGUGUAUAGGAGGCGGACUCAGACAGGAAGAAGAGGCUCUUUGCAGUAAAGAAAUCACUCCGGUCUUUCAGUCAGGGGAACCAGAGAGACCAAGAUGCAUUGCCUUCGAGAUGAGGACGCUCUUAUCCCGUCACCUCGUGGAAGUUUACCAAAAGUUUGCGCUGCAUUGGUGGCUACCAUAGCAACCAUGGGAAUCCUGCUUCUGUCUCCUGGUAGGCUAAUUAACCUGGUAGCUUUAGCAACACUCAUAGUGACUCUUGGGCCCCUGCUGCAUGGACUCUAUCUCCUGUUUGAAGAGCUGCUGCACCAUUCAAACACAAGGUAUCGAGGUCGGUCGCUGCUCGGCCACGUCCUGCCAGCCUGUGGAUUGGGGCCUAAGACUCUGUUGGCGGCAGCAAUGGCCGCCCUCCUGCUGUACCUGACCAGACACUCUCUGAUGCACAAAGGCCAAAGCUGGGAGCUCGUUGUUCUAGUUCCUGUGCUUUAUGCGCUCUUCAAAUCCCUGGGAGUCCUGGGUCCGUCGGAGAUGGAGGUGUCGGACAUCUGUGAGGAGAGAAAGAUGAACGUGGCGCACGGCCUGGCCUGGUCCUUCUACCUCGGUUACCUGCAGCUGGUGCUCCCAAGUUUGGAGAAGUCCAUCGAUUCAUUUCGCGACUCUCAUCGUGACAGCUUCUGGGGUCGCGGCUCCCAGAAGCUCCUCAUCCUCAUUCCUCUCAACGCCAACAUAUCGCACAAGCUGGAGGACGAAGACAGCUACAUCCAGUUCUACGACAGCCUCCCCAACACCGAGCUGCACAGGGCCGGGGUCCGGGACCGCGUCUACAAGCACAGCGUCUACAGAGUGAAGGACGAGCGCGGGAAGGCCCAUGACUGCGCUGUGGAGUAUGCGACCCCCCUGCUGACUCUGUACCGCAUGUCCCAGGAGAGAAACGCAGGUUUUGGGGAGCCUGAGCGCAGGCAGCAGGUCCUUCUCUUCUACCGGACCCUGAGGGACGUCCUGGACCAGUCUCUGGAGUGCCGCAACCGCUACAGACUCAUCCUGAUCAAAGACGAGCAUGAGGAUGACCCUCACUUCCUGUCCAAAACCAUCCUGAGGCAUCUGGAGCAGCAGAACACAGAGGAGUUCUGUCUGAGCGGAGCGCUGCAGCAGGAGACCAACAAACCCGUGGAGGUGGAGGACUGGCACCACUCUGAACCAAUGAGCCGAGAGCCCACGCUGAUGAUCAGCCUGGAUAGGCCUCAGCCACUGAGGGGACCCAUCGAGGACACCGACUUAAACUGAAGCCCGGGGACAGAGGAACACACACACACACACACCACCGCACUGCCCUUCCCCACAGACUAGUUCCUGGAUUUUGGUCAACACUCAUUAGGAGAGCUUAAAGCAGUCUGACUUGUCAUCAUCAACUUAACUUUGUGCUGCUGUUGCAUGAAUUUCCUGCUUAAGAAAUUCAUAAUCUGGAUCUUAAAACAAACCCAGAAAUUGAAUCUGUGAAGCUGUAUACUGUGUCUUUCUUUAUUUUUUUCCCCCCAAAAUGUGUUAAGUCACCUAAAGCAGGCCCACAGCAUCAUGAACCCUCCUCUUACUGCAGAACUCGUUUCACUUGGAUCCAAAGAAUAAAACUUUAACUUCCUCUGUCCCACAGAGACGAAUCACUUAUUUAGAUGCAUUUUAGUGUCGGCUUCUCAUGACUAAAACUAUUAUUUUCAAAUGUAUCCUGCUGAGCAUGCUCUGUGCUAGAGGUGUGCCACACAGGAUAUUUUGGUAUUGAUCCAGUAUGAAGUAAAACCAGAACCAGUAUCACUAAUAUCGAUACCGAUACUUCAUUAUUUAAGCUUGAUACAUCACCAAACGCAAGACUUUUGGGUGUUUGUGGGUAUUUUUUUCUGUAACUUAUUUUA